AAUACAAAAUAAAUUUUUUAUAGUAAUUAAUAUUUACUUCCAACUUUAAUGAAUAAAAUUUAAAUGCAGAAAAUUAGACAAUUUUUCAGCGCGAAUUUUAAAAUACUUGACAAAUAAAUCAUCACGUUCGCAUUUUAACGAUUACAAUAUAAUUUUCUUUUAGACUUCGUAAAAGAUCGUACGCUAGUUUAUGUGCCAACUAUUCUGUAGUUUAAAUACUCUUUAUUGUACUCAUACAAGCUUUUCUGUUUGCUAUAAAUAGAAAGUAAUCAGUUUAUGUUCGUGACCUUGUACAGUGAAGUCAGGAUGUCUAUACAUAAAAUAACAUCAGAAAUAUUUUUAGAGGAUGAUAAACAUUCAGAAAAACUCACAAAUAAUGGUGCUAUUACCCAAUUUAUCUUUAAGUGUCCUUCUUACAUGAUAAAAUCAAAAUCAAAAAUAAAAGCGAUAGAGUAUGAUGAAGAUGAUGAUUUGAAUAUAGACAGAGAUGAAGAAAGUGUUUUAUAUAUAGAACACAGUGUAUCGACAGAAUUGCAAAUGGUAGGUUUGCAGGUAUGGCGAGGUGCUCUUUUAUUAGCUGAUUAUAUUUUAUCCAACCCUGAUUUAUUUAAGGAAAAAAUAAUUAUGGAAUUAGGAUCUGGUGUUGGUCUAACUAGCAUUAUUGCUAGUUUUUUAGCAAAAGAAAUAAUUUGUACAGAUAUUAAUUUAGGUGAGAUAUUAAAAUUAGUGAAACGAAAUUUUAUGAGAAAUAUAUCUUAUGUGAAAUGUAAAUUUCAUAUAGAAGAAUUAAAUUUUUUAAAUUUAAAAUGGUCUAAAAGUUUAGAAGAAAAAGUUAAUAUGACAGAUAUUUUCAUAGCUGCAGAUGUGAUUUAUGAUGAUGUUAUAACAAAUGGAUUUGUUACAACGUUAGAAAAACUCUUAAGUAAAGAAGUUCCAAAAACAGCUUACAUUGCUUUGGAGAAAAGAUAUGUUUUCACUGUUGCUAAUAUGGAAACUGUUGCUCCAAUGUAUGAAGAAUUUCUACGUUGUAUUCAAAGGCGAAAUCUUAAUUGGAAUAUAGAAUAUGUGAAAAUAGAUUUUCCACGAUUUUUUAAAUAUGAGAGAGUACAACAUAUGAUUCUAAUGAAAAUAGAAAAUAAAAUCAAUAUUAAAGGUUAUAGAUCUUUACAAAUUGAUUUAGUAAGUGUACCAACUUAAGAAUCAAAAGACUGAUAAUUAUUCAUAGAAGAAAUUAUAUUUUUAUUUGUCAGUGUUAUCUGAAGAUCAUUAUGAUUUGCCUGUUGGUAUGCUUCUUCAUGAAGUGGCUCUAUUUCUCUCCAUAUUACCUUAUCUAAAAGAUAGAAAAAAUUU